GCCCUCCUCCUCCCGGGGUUUUAGAGAGGACAGGAGCGAGCGAGAGGUUGGAUUUAUGUCGUCUGGUUCCUUCCGUCUAUCGUCGCUCCGUCCCGGAAAGAUCGAAGCUUUGGAUCAGCAGUGCUUUGCCUCUUGUACCAUCGGUGGUCUCGCCUUUUUGCUCCUCCUCCUCCUCUUCCCACGUCUCAUCUUCUAUCCGCAUGCGACAGAGGCCGGAGGGAUCCAAGAAGACGGAUUCGAUGCGAUAUAUCCGGGUUGGGUUUGGAGUGAAGUAUUUUGGAUUUCAGCAUAUAAAGCGGUGCUAUUACCUUGACAUCAUCUCUAGAGGAGACUUCACUUGACGGAGAGAUCAAAACCACCUACUUUUUUUUUUUUUUGCUUAAUUUUCUUUCGGUUUUGUUCCUUUUUUGUUUUGGGUGUUGGGAAGAGAAGCAAAGUGCUGGAGCUGCAGCGUGGAAUGAAGCAGGAUAAGAUGGGGAAGAGGAGGAGGGGGUUAAAGCAGCUCCAACGAUCCGAUUCUACUCCCAGGAUCGAAUCCAAACAGUUGAUGCGAAGAAUCCGCAUCGUUUUCGAUGAUCCUGACGCCACUGAUUCGAGCGAUUGCGAGGGGACGAACUCCCCCCGCGGGAAGAGGGCGAUUCACGAGUUCCCGUUGCCUCCCCCUUUCCCUCUUCCCCUGGCGCAGGCCUCGUCGCAGGAGAGCACCGGGCGUAACUCAAAAGCCCUUCGGAAACCCAAGGACAGAUGUCUCGGCUCUGUCACCUCGUCUUCGACCGCUUCCUCCCUCACCAAGUUUAAGGGAGUCAGGCGGCGGCCGUGGGGGAAAUGGGCGGCCGAGAUCCGCGACCCCAUCCGCGGCGCCCGCCGCUGGCUCGGCACCUACGACACCGCGGAGGCCGCCGCCGCCGCCUACGCUGCCGCCGCUCUCGUCUUCCAGGCUGAGAAGAAGGGCCUCUCCUCCGUCGCGUCAUCCAACUCCUCGACCACAACCAUCACCGCCGCCGCCUGCGCCUCGGUGCGCUCCGACGCCGUGGAAGUGGCGGCCCCGGCCUCCCCCUACUCCGUACUGGACGUCCCUAUCUCCGGCGUCGUGGAUCCGCCGGCAAAAACUACAACGGCGGUGGAAGUGGAGGAGCAGUCCAUUGCAGAGCUGUUCGAGGGGCAAGGGCCGCCCCUUCCUUGCCCGAUGGAGGCGGAGUUCGGAUUCGGGUUCGAUCCGUUCCUCAUGUGCAAUUUCGGGUCGGAUCUUUAUGCUAACGAGUUGGUUCCCCUGGCGGAUCUCCCCAUAGACGACGAGAUCGACGACGGAGAUUUCCCCAGCCUUGACGUCAUCGAGCGGUGGAUGGACUUUGACUUCUAGUUGACUGGAAAUUUUUGCAGCUCAUUCAUCACCCCCAUUUAAGUUACUACUUGUGGAAUGAAUGAGAGUCAGUUCGGUGAGUGUGGUAGGAAUUAGCAGUAGAAGAAGAAGAAGAGGCGUUUGAGAGGAGGGUCCAUUUUGCAGCGUUCCUCGUUUGGUUUGUUCAUCUGGCGCUCUAAGAGCCGCCCCUUAGUGAAUGAGACGCUUGUCCUUAGCUCU